UCGAUCUGGGAUUGCAUCUCGGAACGGGAAAAAAACUUGAGAAAAAAAAAAUAAUUUACAUUUUUAUACUUACACACACAUAUUGUGAUAAUAAAGUUGUGAAUUAAACAUAGAAUUUACAAGAAGCAGAAUAGAAGUGAUUAAUAAAAAUAAAUUUUUUGCAAAUUUAAAAAAUUAAAUAAAUUUAAAAUUGAAUUAAAGUGUUUAUGUGUUAUCAUGUAAAUUUCUUAUCUAAAUGUUGACAUAUAAAUUCGAAUAAGGAAAUUAAAUUAAAAAUAUUUACAAAACAAAGAACUUCAAUAUUAUUUAUGAAUAAAUAAAAAGAAAUUAUAAAUUUUUUAAAAAAAAUUAUUUCACUUAAAUUAAAAGUUAAAUUUGAAACAUAAUGAAUAUUCAAACUAUUUUCAAAUUAUCUCUUAAUAUUAUUUUGGUAUUACCAAUAAUGGUAAUUGGAAUUUAUGAAUUUCCAACUUAUUCCGAUUAUAAAUUAUCUGGUAAUGAUGAAAGAAUUUUAAAUCAGUUAACAGAUUCCGAUUUAAAAUCAUUCAUAGAGUUGGGAAUACAAUCAAUUCAAUCAAAAGAUAUAUUAGAGAGAAAUCUUUUGAAUUCUGAAAUUACAGUACAAAAUGGAAGUCUAUCACAUGCAACAUAUUUGGAAACAUUACCAAGUGAUGAUGCUAAAAAAGAUGAUAGAAUUGCAAGUGAAAUAUUACAAUCCAGUUUAUAUAUACUUAAUUCAUUUUGUUUACCACAUGGAUUAUCGGGAAAAGAUUGUCAAAGAAUAUUUUCAAAAACAUCCUUACCAGAAAGCAGUUUGCAACAAAAUUGUCAAUUAAUUAACUCAAAAUUGCGUAUUGGUCAUUCAGCUUUCCGUCGAUUAUUGCCAGCAAAUUAUGAAGAUGGAUUUUAUAAGAUUUAUGGACCGCCAUCGCUUCCGAAACCACGGGAAAUUAGUAAAAUUGUAGCUAUUAAUAAUAAAAAUAAUAUGCAUAAUUCUGAAGAAGAUGCAAGUAGAAAUUUAAUUGUUGUACAAUGGGCACAAUUUAUAGAACAUGAUCUGAGUAAACCAGUUGUCAAAUCAAUGAAUAAUGGUAAACCAAUAGAGUGUUGUGAUUCGGAUUAUUAUAAACUUUCCCCACGUUAUCAACAUCCAUCUUGUGCUCCAUUAGAGGGUAUUACACACAGUAAAUAUGAUUUUGUUUCAUGUUUAAAUUAUGUAAGAAGUGCUUUAGCUGUUAACCCACUAUGCAAAUUUGGAGCUGCAGAACAGUUAAACGAGGCUGUUGGUGGUUUAGAUCUUUCUCAAUUAUAUGGAAUACCUAAUUCUGAAUCUCAAAUGAGAUUAUAUAAAAAUGGAAAACUUAAAAGUUCAAUGCCAAAAUCAGCUAGAUUACCUUUCCUACCAAAAGCUGUAAAUUCAGAGAAAUAUUGUGUAGAAAAUUCAUCGGAAUGCUUUAUGGCUGGUGAUUCAAGAGUCAACAACAAUCCUUUUGCUACUAUGAUAUACACAUUAUUUUUGAGAUCUCACAAUCGAAUUGCAAGAAAAUUAAAGGGAAAAUAUCCAAAUUGGUCUGAUAAUCAAUUAUAUUUGGAAAGUAAAAAAAUUAAUAUUGCAAUGUAUCGUGAAAUAAUUUAUAAUGAAUGGAUACCAGCAACUUUAGGUGAAAAUAUAGCCCAACAAAUUAAUGAAGAACCAUUGAAAUAUUUUCAUGAUAUAAAUCAAUUUGGUACUUCAAAUGAAUUCGGAAUAGCAGCUAUUCGAUUUUAUUUCUCAAUGAUGCCAAACGUUUUAUAUGAACAAAUUAAACCAUUUGGACGUAAAUUAGAAGAAACAAAUAUAAUCGAUGUUGGCAUAAGUUCUGAUGGACCGUUAACUAAAUUAUUUUCGCUAAAAGAUCAAUUUUAUAGUUCAAAUUUUACUGGAAACCCACAGAAAAUGAAUAGCGCUUUUUCAGCAAUGCUAAUACAAAAAGCAAUGAAAAUGGAUUCAAAAUAUUCUGAAAGUAUGUCAAAAUAUUAUUUGCAAACAAAAUCGUCUUCAAAUAAAGUAAAUGGAUUAGAUAGCUUAGCUUGGGAUAUUCAAAGAAAUCGUGAUCAUGGUCUUCAACCUUAUGUCAAAUAUUUAGAGAAAUGCGAGAAUACAAAAAUCACAACAUGGGGAGAUUUAGCACAGUAUAUUGACAGUGAGAAUAUCGAAAAAUUGAAAUUGGUCUAUAAGAAUUUGGAAAAUAUUGAUUUAAUCAUUGGUGGAAUAUCAGAAAAUCCAAAAAGAGAUUCUGCAGUCGGUCCAACCUUCACAUGUAUUUUAGCUGAACAAUUUUCAAAUACCAGACAAUUACAUUAUAAUUUACAAAAUAGAAAUUUGGAGAGCAUAGAAAAUAUGUACGAUAAUAAUAAUAAACAAUUUGGUUCAUGGACCGCAGCCAAACUUCUUUGUGAUACAACAGCAUUAAAAUCUGUACCCAAAAAUAUAUUUAUGGUGCCAUCGGAAAGAGCUCUAGCACAACAAGAAAACAAAAACCAAAAUAAAAAUUCAAAUGUUCCUUCAAGCGAAAAAUCACAAACUGGUUGA